AUCGGCGGUCAGCUUGACUACGUCUACGGAGCAAGUUCAGCACCAGGAGGUAAGGCCAUUAUGGCACUUGAAUCAACCACAGGAAAAGGAGCCACCAAAAUUGUUCCAUUCUUGAACCAGGGUGCUGGUGUGGUAGCAACCCGAGGUAACAUUCAAUAUGUUGUCACUGAGUAUGGCAUAGCUGAUCUCUGGGGCAAGAGCUUGAGACAGCGCGCUUAUCAACUCAUCAACCUGGCACAUCCCAACCACAGAGAAUCGCUCGAGAAGAGUGCCUUUGAAAUGCUCAAGUGUAUGCCAUCACCGUAA